AUGUCACAUCCUGUUAAAAAGGCUGCCGAGCCUCAACACGCUGCAUCGUUUGAUCCAUGGAACUCAUCGUCGACCGGCCAUCAGCGUCCCGAGUCCCAGCCCGGCACCGGGUGGCGUGAGUCCCGCAACCGGAAACUCAACAGCCAGUUCCGCGGCGGCUCAACGGGCGGCGAGCGUCUUAGCGACACGUGGGGCGCUGGAGCAGAGGACUACGAUGAAAAGCGCAAGGCUCUCAUCUCCAAAGCGGCCAGGGAGAGGGCGCAGCGCAGCGUAAGGGACAUGCUUGUCCAGCCGGGGAAGAUGCGCGAGAGUUUAGGGGUGAAGGAUGAGAUCCAGGGGAAGAGCGAGGAGACACUCAUGGAGUCGCGAAGAACAGAGGAUGAGGCGCGGGAAGCGGAAGCAUCGUCAAGAGGGAUGUUCGAAGGGGCGGUUAUCUACGUCAACGGGAGUACGUUCCCUCUCAUCUCGGAUCUCAAGCUGAAGCAGCUCGUUACCGAACACGGAGGCCACAUGUCGCUGCACCUCGGACGUCGGAGGGUAACGCAUGUUAUCCUCGGGAGGCCAUCAGGGGGCCAUUCCGGCGCAGGAGGAGGUCUUGCAGGAAGCAAGCUGGAAAAGGAGAUCCGAAGGACUGCUGGGUGCGGAGUCAAGUUUGUUGGACCCGAAUGGAUUCUAGAGAGUCUCAAGGCUGGGAAGAGGCUACCCGAGGCACGAUUCUCGAAUACCAAGAUGGCACCCAAGGCGCAGGGAAGUGUCUAUAACAUGUUUUCGAGGCAGUCGAGUGAGCAGUCAUCCAAAGAUUGA